AUGGAUAAAGAUAACGACAACAACAACAUCAACGGCAAAGGUGCGGAGAAUCCGUUCGCAAGAAGCGGUCUGGCGAGGUCGCCGACAGAACAGAACCAGCAGAUGCAACAACAGGAGCGGGAACAAGAGCUGCACGAGCAGCAGAAGCUAGAGCAGGAGCUGUGUGACCAACAGCAGCGCGAACAAGAACAGAACGAGAAGCAGCAGCAACGACAGCUGCGAAGCGCAUGGAAUGUGUUUCCAAAACAAUCAAAGGUGGAAGCUGCGAAAACUGUAGCGGACGAACUCCGUGAGUUCGUUAACAAAAGGCACAACGUGCACAAGGAUAUCAAGGACCUCGUUGCAAGGAUCCAAGGUAGCCUUGGGUCAGCCAUCAAAGACUGGAGAAGGCUGAUGCAGAGAGCGGAAGCUGCUGAAACCGAGUUGGCGGCGACUAAGAACGCCCUGGCAGCAGCGGUACUACAACAGGCGAAAACCGGAACAGCCCCCGGUAGAGGUACCAAGACGAAAGGAAAGCCAUUGAGGAUGGAUAGCACACCUGCAUUCACCCCAAAGAGAACCAGAUCAUCACCUGGAGAUGAAAGGCUCGCAGCACCCAAAAAACAAAAGAAUGCGGAUGCAAGACCGACGAACGAAGUGAUUAGCGGUGGAAAGGGUGAUUCCCCCUGGCGCGAGGUCCGGAACAGGAAGGACAGAAACAAAAAGGAUAGCGCUAAUACGCAAAAACCUAUCAGGAGGAGGAAGAAAGGUGAAGCGGUCAUCGUAAAAACCAGCGAAGACACGUACGCCGACGUCUUGCGGGCCAUGAGAACGGAUCCGCAACUCAAGGAGUUUGGUGAUGACGUCCAGAAGAUCAGACGAACCCAGGCAGGAGACAUGAUCUUCGAGUUGAAAAGAGACUCGAAAAACAGAAGCUCAGCGUAUAAAGAGCUUACAGAGAGAGUAAUGGGCGAAAAGGUGCACGUGAAAGCCAUGUGUCCCGAAGCGACGCUCCAAUGCAAGGAUUUGGACGAGAUCACCACCGAGGAUGAAGUGAGACUCGCCAUGAGGGAUCAAUGUAACUUGGAAGGCGUGGAAAUGACGGUACGCUUGAGAAGAGGACCGUUUGGAACGCAGGCAGCGUCGAUAAAGCUUCCAGUAGACGCAGCCAACAAAGCGAUGACCAUCGGCAAAAUCAAAAUUAAUCUGAUUCACAACAUUAACUUCACAACAGAGCUUACAUCACCGAAUUAA